AUGGCCGCCCAAGGAGACUGCCAAGUCCAGUUCAAACUCGAACUGGUGGGUGAUGUUGGUACUCAAAAAACGACGUUUGUGAAACAUCACCUGACAGGUGAAUUUGAGAAGUAUGUAGCCACCUUGGGCAUUGAGGCCCAUCCCCUUGUGGUCCAUCCUAACAGAGAGCCUUUUAAAUUCAACGUGUGGGAUAUGGCUGGUCAAGAAACAUUUCGAGGAAUGAGAGAUGGCUAUUAUAUCCGAGCCCAGUGUGCCAUUAUAACGUUCGACGCAACCUCAAUGGUUACUUACAAGAAUGGACCUUGCAUAGAGGUCUGGUUCAAGAACGUGAAAACAAACCCAUCGUUCUGUGUGACAACAAAGUGGACAUUAAGGGCUGGAGCGUUAAGGCGGCUGAUGUGGACCCGGCUGGCUGCGGCAGCACAAGACGAGCAUGAGUGGGAUUUGGGGGCCGGGCAGACAAUUGCUCUCCCUGAUGAGGUGACAACCUGUGAGAGAACGAAGCUGGAGUCCCGCCUCCGAAGUCUGGUUGUGUAG